CUCGAACCCAUCAGCCCGUCACCUUGCAUAUUUUACUCACACGAACCAUUACUGAGCGCUACUUCCAGACUGGUUCGGCUCUGGGUUGUAAAUAAGAUGGCCACGCGCAUGCAUAUGUAGUUACCAAGCAAUCAUGGUCUUCGACGCACUAAGUAUCGGUAUAUUGCUGAUCACUGUUCUCAGUGCUCUAUGGUUUUUCAACAAACGAUCAAAACUUCCACUACCGCCUGGACCACCUCGUCACUGGCUUUUUGGGAGUGAAGUCUCCACUGGGACUCCGUACCUUCGCUAUGAAGAACUCACUCAAAAGUAUGGCCCCAUAUUCUCAAUGAGGCGGGGAAUGACAGAUAUCAUAGUCAUUGGACGGUAUGAGCCAGCCCUCGACAUCAUGGAAAAGGAAAAUUCCAUUCUGCAAGACCGUCCGAGGUCUAUCGCUGUCCAAGAAACAUUAUGCAGAAACAUGCGUAUGCUGAUGAUGCGUGCCGGAGAGCGCUACAAACGUUUCCGCAGAGCUGUACAAUCUCAGCUGCAUCCUCGAGUUAUACAGACUUAUCAGCCACUUCAAGUCAAGAAUGCUGUAAAUCUGGUAAUGGAUCUACUGGACGAUCCUUCACAGCAUAUUGAGCACGCAAAGCGGUAUGCAGCGUCUGUGAUCAUCACCCUUACAUACGGCAAACCCUCCACGACGACAUACUCUGACCCUUUGGUCCAAAAAAUUAUGAUGUUUAUGCGUCGGUUCGGCACCGUUGCGAGGCAAGGCGCGUACUGGGUUGACACAGUGCCGAUGCUUCGAUACGUUCCCGGAUACCUCUCUGAUCUGCAUAAAUGGCACAAGGAGGAACUAGCCUUCUCUCGUUCUUCCGUCGACACCGUCAAAGAGAAACUCAGGCGUAACGAGGAAAUUUUCAAGCCCAACUUUGUUCAAAAUCUUCUGGACAAAAAUGCAGAGUAUCAGAUGAAUGAGGACGAGAUUGCCUUUCUAUCCGGAGGGUUAUUUCUUGCAGGGGCUGACACCACCGCAUCCGCGAUAAGCAUAAUGAUGAUGGCUGCCGCGUGUUUUCCCGAGGCACAACGCAAAGUUCAAGCGCAGUUAGAUACUGUUGUGGGUUUGCAUCGCGCGCCAACAUAUGCAGACGAGUCAGAUUUGCCAUUCAUUACCGCAUUCAUUUAUGAGUGUUAUCGAUGGCGUCCAGUGACUGCUGCAGGAUUUCCUCAUAGAGCAACGAAGGAUAUCAUAUGGCGAGGGUAUCGAAUUCCUGCUGGAGCAACUGUGAUCGGGAGUCACUGGUCAAUCGGUCGCUCUCCAGAAGUUUUCCCUGACCCGGAAAAUUUCAACCUGGACAGGUGGCUGGAUUCUAACGGUGCCAUACGAGAUGACCUCAAGUCGCUCAACUUUGGUUUCGGGAGAAGAGUUUGCCCUGGUCAGCAUCUAGCAAACAAAUCUCUGUUCAUUACCACGGCUUUUGUUCUCUGGGCAUUCCGUCUGAGGCAAAUGGACGAGUCUCCCAUUGAUACUCUUGCAUUCACUCCCACAGUCAACCUCCAUCCUUUGCCUUUCAAUGUCCAAUUCGAGGCACGGAUGCCGGUAGAUGAAUUGAAGCAGAUUCUGAAUGACUCGAUGUAAUAUUGCACAUGCCUCGACCUGAAUUGCGAGGAUAGAUACUCGUAUAUAGCCCUUUCUAUUCUCAUCGCAUAUCGUCAUCAUCUUCUGUCUUCAAACGGUUGAUGAAAGCGCCAUCUAUUGGAC